AUGGACGAUAUACGUUGGAAAAGUUUAGUAGUGGUGAAAGAUACUUUGCAAUGCAGUGCAGAAAAGAUUUGGGCCAGUUUAAUGCAUGAUGCCAUCGAGCGCAACAAAGGACGAAUUCUGGUGUAUCUGUUUACAGCAUGUAAAAAUACGCUGACUAAGCGAUAUCCUUUUAUGCUACGAUGUACGCUAAUAGAGGAAAUCGAUUCAUUUGCCAAUAUUUUUUGUAAAAUCAUCGCAUUGUUAAAAAAUGCUGAAGGGACAAUAGUGUUUUUCGAUUCGGUUGACAUUAUUUCCUUGGACAGUUCUUUUGACCGAGUGAUUGUAUUGCUAAAAGGGAUUUCGCAAUAUGCGACUGUCAUUGCACGAAUGCACGAUGAGUGUAUUUCUGCUCAAAACUGGGAGAGAUUGAGUUCGAUUGCUCAUACAACAUAUGCUCUGGAACUCAGAGAUUUAAUUACACCUCUUUGUACCAUUGUUUCAUAUAAAACUGAUGGGAAAAGAAUUGUGGGAACAGUAUAUAUCGACAACACAUUCCACUUAUUUUUCAAACAAUACAAAGCACAAGAUACGAAUAGGCCUGCUAAACGAGAUGGUAACUUACCGGUGCCCAAAAGUUCCUUCAAUGUCGGCCUUCACUUGAAAAAGUCGGAGCUUGAAGCCAGAGACCAUGUAUUUUUACCUUACGAGGCUGCUCAGAAAGAAGAAGAAUUAGUGAGGUUACGUGUGAGGGAAAAUCGGAAGAUUCGAGCUGGUGGCCGCAUUAUUUACACUCCAGAUGAAGCAGAUGAUUUCGAUGAAAGUGACCCAGAUGAUGACCUUGAAAUUUAA